AAUUUCAUCGAUUGCUGGAUUUGUGGGUUAUGUAAAAUACGAAUUGUUAGAAAGUGUUAAACCACAUAGAGUAAAUAAUUGGAUUCACUGAUCAGACUGGGUUCGAGGAAAAGUGAAAUUUCGUUUUGGAAGAAUAUCUGUCAUACUCAAAAUGUUGCGACACCUGAGAAAGACAAUGAGAAUAACGACACGUGGGAUAUCGUUGCUGAGUCGUAGCAACAAAAAAUUUGAGAUAAACGACAACACGGAAUUCAUUGAUAAAGUGAUGAACAGUACAGUGCCGGUCAUUGUGAAUUUUCAUGCUGAAUGGUGUGAUCCGUGCAAAAUAUUGACACCAAAAUUAGAGGAGUUGAUAGGGCCGAUGACUGACUUGCAUUUAGCAAUAGUAAACGUUGAGCAAAAUCCUGAACUGGUUCACACUUUUGAAGUCAAAGCUGUACCUGCUGUAAUAGCCGUAUCUAAUGGUCUUGUAGUCGACAAAUUUAUCGGCCUCGUAGAGGCCCAAAUGAUAGAGAAUCUAAUUAAAAAAUUAACGAUUAACAAAGCAAAUACCGUGGACAAAAGUACUUGAACAAAUCUCAAGAUCGAUCUUAAAUUUUGUUUAUUCGCGAUUUAAUAUUAUUUUACCCUUUGCUCAACGAAUUUGAUUUCCGGAUGAACGAACGCUGAAAAUCCAUAGACGAUUGGAUCUUUGGCUGUCUCCGGUUUGAUUCAAGUGCAACAAAAUAUUUCAGAGAAAUGAUACUUUCUCUCGAUGUCAAAUGAAUCUUAAACGUGUGUAAAUAAUUUUCUAUGUACGAGUUUGGUCGUGAGGUAGAUGAAAGAUGAGAUAAUUUACACUCACUUAGCGUUGUACCGACGCGCUUUUUUUAUGUACUUGCCGAAUUUUAUUCAGCCAAUCUUGCGUCGACUUCUCCAGAAAUUUUUUUAAAGGAUUGUAGGACAAAUUCCCAAAUCACUAUGGAAUGUUUUGACUGCACUUUUUUUACUUGUGUUUUAGUAAUAUGAUCAAUAGACGUUAUAAAUAUGAAAAAAAGUAACAUGUUUUAUUAUCAUAAUUAAUAUAGUUGUUACGACUUAUUAUCCACAACAGUAA